AUGAAAUCCCAUGUACCUAUCGCGUUAUCCUUGCUGGGUUUGACCAGCCUAUGUGCCGCAGCCAACACCGAAAGUGGCUAUUUAGCAACUAUAACCCUCGCACCGACCGCAUCCGGAGCCGCCGCCUUUGACCUUGAGGGAAAACGCGCAGAAUGUUUCCAAUCCUGCUACAAGACUUAUGGAAACUUUAACUCUUGCAGUAAAGGAGGCCUCGAGAAGUGUUGGUGCAAUGAGUCUGUGGACUGGGUUGAAAGAGAGGAGGAUUGUGUUUGGAGUAUUUGCGGUCCAUCUGCAUAUAAUGGUAUUUUUCUGUGGCAUGGAAAAAAAGGGGAAAGAUGGCUAACAGUUUUGUCAGAAUAUGCGACUGUUUUGAGCAGGGUUUGCGAGACUGUUACGGCUUCCGAUAAUCAGGCCGUUGAGACGGGAUCAACCGCAUCGGCUGAAACUACCAGUGCGCCUGAAACAACAGAGCCUUUGGCUUCUGAUAGUGGUUCUAGGACAACCAGCAGUGAGGCAGCGACAGCUACAAGUGCUGAGCCCAAUGGAGGUUUGAAAAUGACUUCGUCUGUUGGUGUUGUUUGUGCUAUCAGCAUGCUUCAGCUUGUUAUUCUGGUUUUUUAA